AUGUCUCUGCCUCAGCCACGCCGUGUGGACUCCAAAAUAUGGCAAAUACGCGCUGGACCUGCUGUCAAGAUUCCGAAGAUUGGCUCAAAAGUCUACUACUUCUCAGAAGGCCACUUGGAACAUGCUUGUUCAUCCCCUAACAUUGAAACAGAGCUCCUUCUAUGUCUUCGCCCUCCAUCCGUUCUCUGCAUCAUCUCAUCUGUUGAUCUUCUGGCAAAUCUUCACACCGAUGAAGUCUUUGCGAAACUGCUCCUUACUCCGGUAACAACUGAUGGUAGUGUCCAAAUCCAAGAACCAGCUCCUCCUGACUUUCCCGAUAAAGAAGAAAACGAUGGAAACAAUCUUGUUGUCCAAGUCCAAGAACCAGCUCCUCCUGAGGUUCCCGAUGAAGAAGACGAUGAUAGCAACAAUCUUGUUUCCUAUGUAAAGAUUCUCACCCAAUCUGAUACUCAAAGUGGACUUUUUGUACCUCGUGAAUGCAUGGAAUUGAUCUUUCCCAAUCUUGACUUGGAGGAUCCAAUGCAGUCUGAGAAGCUCUCAGUCACCGACAUUCAAGACGUAGUCUGGACGUACAAAUAUAGCUACCACGUGAAGAAACUCAAUAGCUACAAGUUCACUACUGGUUGGUCACAAUUUGUGAGGAAGAAGAAACUUGUUGCUCUUGAUUCUGUUGUUUUCAUCAAAAACUCUGCCGGAAAGAUAUUUGUCGGAAUUUGCAGGAAGGCUAUGUACCCUGCAACUGAAGAGGAAGGUGGGAAAAGUGAGAAUUUAACGGAGAAGGCAGUUAAAGAUGCUGUGGAAUUGGCUGGGAAGAACAUGGCAUUUCAAGUUGUGUAUUAUCCGACGGCUAAUUGGUGUGAUUUUGUGGUGGAUGCGAGUGUUGUUGAUGAGGCUAUGAAGAAUGGUUGGGAAUUUGGAAUGGGAAUCAAGCUUCGUUUGAAUGAAUUUGCAUCUUCAAAUUCAAAGAAGACAUAUUAUCAGCCUAAGGGGACAAUCUCUAACAUGUCUAACGUUCCUUCUAAUGUUCCUAGCUGGCGUAUGCUUCAGGUUAACUGGGAUGGUCCCGAUAUCUCGCAGAAUCCAAACCGCGUCAAUCCUUGGCAAGUUGAUAUUUAUCCUAUACCUUCUCAAAGUUCUUCCCCCCUACAAAUGCCACAUUCUUAUCCUCCAAUUCCACCGCCUCUAUUACCAUUUCCCCCAACAAAAAGUCCUAGACUUUCUCAGAGUUCUUCCCCCCUACAAAUGCCAUUCUCUUAUCCUCCAACUCCACCACCUCUAUUACAGUCUUCUAUGUCAACUUCCUCCUUCAUCCCUAUGACAGAGCUCCCUUAUUCAACAAUUGGAUCCUUGAACCAAACAUUGUUGAAUUCUGAUACUUUUCCAGACGGCAUGCUGGGAGCCAGCCAUGACCAUUUAUCUGCAUCAGAUUUGUCAAAAGUUUUGAGUGAUAAGGGUGAUGGUUUCAAUAGGAACAGAUCUAUGGUAGGGUGGAGUGGUACUUUGUGUGACACGGAGCCUCGUAACCAUAAUAGUUUGAACUCCUUUGGGACCAAUGAACCAUGCACCAAGUGA